GUUUUCGACACAGCUUUAUACCACAUGGGAUAAACUUUUCGGUUACGUUGGCCUUCGAGGGAUCCUGAGCCCCAACUAGUAUCAGUUUCAUAUAUGGGCAAGUAAACAGCAACCUUUGAAGUUAAGCUUUCUAAAAACAGCUCUGACACCAGGCUGAGCCGCCAGUCAAGGGACCAAGCGAUAUUAUGUGAAACAGUUUACUGGAGCGACCCCGGGCGUACUUAUCAACUUCACUUUGAAAUAAGCGGCUUGGACGUUAUAAUGCCGAAUUAACUUGCUAAUUUAUUUGAGACUUGUGACCCUAUUUUAACGUCUUAACGGAGUGUGCGAAUCGUAAGAAAAACCAAUGGACAACCUGGAGAAGCAGCUGAUUUGUCCCAUCUGCCUGGAAAUUUUUACCAAACCAGUGGUCAUUUUACCGUGUCAACACAACUUCUGUCGAAAGUGUGCCAAUGACACAUUUCAGGCCCCCAACCAAUACCUCCCAACCAGAGGGGGGUCAGUGACGUCUGGUGGCCGUUUCCGCUGCCCGUCCUGCAGGCACGAGGUGGUCCUGGACCGGCAUGGUGUCUACGGCCUCCAGAGGAACCUGCUGGUGGAGAACAUCAUCGACAUGUUCAAACAGGAGCCCCCCAGCCCCAGGCUGGCAGCUCCGCAGAGGACGGAGGAGCAGCGCAUGUGCCAGGAGCACGAGGAUGAGAAGAUCAACAUCUACUGCGUGACCCACGGCGCCCCCACCUGUUCCAUGUGCAAGGUGUUCGGAGCCCACCGGGACUGCGAGGCAGCGCCACUCACCGCCGUUUAUCAGACCCAGAAGGCCGAGUUGACUGACGCCAUAACGAUGAUAAUGGGGAACAAUGACAGGAUACAGGGCGUCAUCACUCAGCUGGAGGAGAUCUGCCGGACCUUAGAGGAGAACGUCAGGAGACAGAAGUCCCAGGUGUGUGAGAGGUUCGACCAACUGUAUGCCAUGUUGGAGGAGAAGAAUAGGGACAUGAAUUCAAAGGUGGAGGCCGAGCAGAAAGAGAAACUGAGCUAUAUCCGGGGUCUAACCACGAAGCAUAAGGAGCACCUAGAGCUGAGCUGCAAGGCCGUAGAGACGGGCAUAAAGUCCAUGGAAGAACCAGUGAUGGCCGUCUUCUUACAGAGCGCCAAAAACCUUCUUAAAACGAUUGGGGAGGCGUCCUGCACACCCUCCCCGGAUGAGGUGAAACGAGGAUAUGAGAUUAUGGACCACUUCACCGUCGACUUCUCAGGGGAAGCAAGGGCCCUCCUUAGCAUUAACUUCACCUCAGAAAAGGAGUAUGAGGAGGUUGACGGCGGAGGAGCAGACCCCGGAGCUGGAGGGGAGACUCAGACUGCGGUAGGGGGAGGAGCCACAACAGCUGCCCCUUAGCUCGGCCAACCACAGACAGAAGGCACACCUGCCUCCUCAACCCGCCCGUCAGCCGUAGGCCAGCCCAGACCCACUGAAGACCCGCUGAUAAUAUACUUCCGGCAUGAUUGAGUUACUUCUAAUCACUGACCUAUGGUCAGUUUUUAGUUCCCACCCCCCAGUGGUUAAGAUAAGACUGAAGGAGGCUAAUGUGAUGUGUGAGCCGGGCCUGUGGCUUACCUGAAUGCGCAGGUGAGAGACUGACAUCAAUUGUCCUUAGACAACCUCCUACCAGGCACAGUGCCAGGAUUCUUUCUCUCCAAGGGCCAAGGGGGAGCUUGACCAAUACUUUGGGGGGG